AGCAUUCACUUGAGCCAGAGCUUCGUUGCAAAAGGAAAUAAACUAAUAGCAUCUUCAGCUUUCAUACUAAGAAAGAUAAGAUUUAGACAUAUUAACCCUAGCUGAUGAAGUGCAGAACUGAUAAGGUGAUUAUGAGAGGUAUAUCCGUUACAAUGGAGGAUAAAAGAGAGUUGAAAGAAGAGAAGAAAUGGUGGAAAACAUGUAUAGAAAAUAUGGGGAAUUGGCUGGCAAACAAGAACAAGGAUGAAUGGCUGAAGGACAUGAGAGGGAAUCUGAGUUUGGCUGCAACCAUAAUCACAACCAUGACCUUUCAAACUGCUAUUAAUCCACCAGGUGGUGUUAGACCAGCGACAGAGACUGGACAUGUGAAAUGUACACCAACGGUAGAAGGUGAUCCAUGCCCAGGUGAAGCAGUUCUAGCUGUAGUUUUCCCAGAUGUUUAUAUCAGAUUCCUUUUGUCGAACACUAUAUGCUUCGUUUCAUCCUUAGCUGUGUGCCUUUUGCUUGUGAGUGGCUUCCCUCUGAAUCAUAGAUUUUUCACCUGGCUUCUGUCAAUAGGCACCUGCAUCACCAUGACCAGCCUCACAGUGACCUACAUGAUUGGUGCAGAAAUGGUCACCCCUUAUCCCGUCUGCUGGACAACAAGGAGAAUGGUGGGAUGAACACGGACCAUAAGCAUGACAAAGGAUGCAAUUGUGUAUAGAAGUGGGGGAAAGGAAGCGAUGUGCAAAGGGUAGAAAAGGAAAGUUGAAUCUGUAGGUGUAAAUAAAAGGAACAACACGAAAUAUGAGAACAAAAUGAGGUGUAAGGAGUAAAAAUAUGGUGUACCCCAAUAGCAUAUUCUGAUUUUUUUCAAAGCAGUAAGAAAUGCAUGGAGGCACACCAGUGUGUAUGAAUGUGUCUAACGAAUACUGCAUUUUGCUA